ACCUUUAUCCAAUACUUUUAAAUAACAUAAAACGUGGCAACAUUUCACGUAUCAUUAUCGCAAUACAAAACUUUAUCAGUCAAUGGACUAAUGACCUUGAUUAUAAUUAAAACAGUUGAUAGCUAACCUAUCUAUACAGAGUAAACAAUCAAGUCCUAGCAAUGAUGCAAAGAAAUAUUAAAAGAUUAUUAUUACGGCCUAUUGUCUUAACCAGGUAUAUAAGCACUCAAAACGAAUAUCUCAUAAUAAAUGAAGAAAAUGGUACUAAGGAAAUUACUCUGAACCAUGAAAAAUCUAAAAAUUCUCUUUCUUUUGAUAUGAUGAACAAACUUAUUGAAGCACUCAAUCAUAAUAUCAAUGAACCAUCCCUAAGAGCUAUUGUUUUAUCAGCAAAUGGUAAUGUAUUUUCCGCCGGACAUAACCUAAAGGAAUUACAACAAUCUACUGGAAUUGACCAACACAAGCUAAUUUUUAAUAAAGCCUCUGAAUUGAUGACAUCAAUAAUUAAGAGUCCUGUGCCAGUGAUAGCAAAGGUAAAUGGAUUUGCAGCUGCAGCUGGAUGUCAACUAGUGGCAACUUGUGAUAUGAUUGUAUGCUCUCAAAAUAGCAAAUUUUCUACACCUGGGGCUAAUUUCGGUAUUUUUUGCUCUACUCCUGGGAUAGCUGUUGGAAGAAGCAUACCCAAAUCACGUGCAAUGUAUAUGUUACUAACUGGUGAACCUUUGACUGCUCAAGAAGCGUAUGAGAGUGGAUUAGUUACUAAAGUUGUACCAUCUGAAAAAUUAGAUGGUGAAGUAAAUAACAUCAUAGAUAAAAUUAAACACAAAAGCCGCAGUGUAAUUGCACUUGGAAAAGAAUUCUAUUACAAACAAAUUGAACUAAACAUUUUCGAUGCUUAUAAAUUGGGAGAAGAGAUAAUGGUAAAAAAUAUAAACUCAAGUGACGGACAAGAAGGAAUAAGAAGCUUUAUUGAGAAACGAAAGCCUGUUUGGAAUAAUAAUAUGCAAGGAUAAUAACUGUGAUUAA